UUAAAAUUAUCUGUCUGUUUUGAAAUAUCACACAACAGAAACUGCACCCCACUCAUCAGGCUAUAAAAUAGGAUUUGCCCCUACCGAAAGAAUUUACGAAUAACUAAAAUGAAGACUGUUUGUAUAGUUGGAGUUCUGUUAUUUUUCUUUCAACAUGGAGACUCAGAAAUUACUGACUGGACCACACCAGCUAUAUCUGGUGCGGCAGAUGGACAAGGAACACUUUCUAUUGCUGAAGACCAAACGAUUUCUACUGAGAUUGUAACAUUUGUCGCCGUUACAAACGCUUCAAUUGUUACGUAUUCCUUAGACACCGCCGUUAAUCCGUUUGCUGUGGCUGCAAACGGUACACUGACAAUAACUGCAGCACUUGAUUUUGAAACAACUACAUCUUACGUAUUACACAUCAAGGCCGUAGAUAAUGCAACUGUACCGGGAACUGGGACUGCGACCAUCAAUGUCACUGUCACUGACGUAAACGAGGCUGAUCCAGUAUUUUCAGCUAGUUACAGUCCCUGUAUCACAAAUGGUUCGUCAGAAGAUACACACUUGACAACCGUUGCUGCAACAGACGCCGAUACCGCCAAUACAAUCAGUUAUUCUAUAACUGCUCAAACCCCAGCUUCCGUCUUUAAAAUUAAUGCAACCUCGGGCCUUAUUCAAGUUGACACAGGAAAGAUUCUCGACAAAGGUACAGCAGACAACUAUACUCUCGUAGUUGAAGCUACUGACGAUGGAAAACCAACUCGGACCGGAACAACAACAGUUUCUGUCACAGUUGCUGAUUCCUGCCAGUCUGGGAAUGGUGCUGUAGCAGUUGCUGCCAGCAUGGUGACACUGCUUGUUGCCCUUUUUGUUAACACGUUUUGAAUCUUACUAAAAACACAAACUGACAUGAUUGAUACCAUUCUUUAGUAUAACUAAAUACAGAGAAAAAAACGGUAUGCACGAAUGUCAGUAAUAGGCAAAAUCUCUUUUUCGUGUAUUUUAUUUUUACCCGUGUAAGAAAACUGUUACUUGUUCAUUGAUAUAGGCAUCAAACAACACCUUUUGUAGUAUAAUACUUAUAUUCAGUCUUGUAUAUUUUUAUCAAUUGCUUUAUUUAUACAAAAACAAGAACAUUAUGCUAGUUUUGAUAAGAAAAAUAAAAGCUUUUCAGUUUUCCACAUUAUUCCCAGAAAAAAGUACGAAGUUGGCACGGAUUUCUCUGCUGUCUCCAAUAGAACGACGAAUAAAUAAAGAAUACAUUGUAUCAGUCCUUUUUGAAACACCAAGGGAAGUAAUUUGCCUCGUGAAAGGCAAGAAUAAUAUGAAGACAUCCUAAUUUUGUCUGAAUGUUCUUGUCCAAAUAACAAGGUAAAUUGUGCCACUUUAUCGCAAUCGUACUGUAUGCUCUAGCAAGACACCCGUCAGUUAUAACAAAAUGAUUACAAAAUAAAGAUCUUGUUUUUGGAAGACAGCAAAAAGAAUUCUUAAGAGGAGUUGUUACAGAUGAUGUUACAUUCAAAAGUUAAAGUUAAAAUGUAAACCAUUUAUAAUAUAGAAUGAACAACUACAUGUAGCCGAACAAGAAUCCGUUUUGAUGACCUGUUCAAAUACUUUAUUUCUUUGAAAUAUUUUAUGCAAUUGUUAUUAUUUUUAAGAAGCGAAUAAUAUGUAUGAAUCGAUUCGUUAAUGGUCUACUCCCUUCAGUAUGUGUGUGUCCUACUUUACGUUUGUGUAGGGUGAGAGAAAUGAUUUUGGUAUGAGAUAUUGAUAUAUCGAUGUGAAAAUCAUUUGAGUGUAAACUAGUCUAUUGCGCGUUUUAGCAUACUAUUAGACAUAUUUCGCUCAUAUGGACAAGUAAUUUUUUCGUUUAUCUGCAAAGUUAUGACAUUAAUUUUGGCAGUUAACCGACCAUCUUUUAUGUUCUUAGAUGGUAUAUUUUAUAUAUAUAUUAUAUUUGAUUGCAUAAUGAUACUAUCUAAUGACGACUUUAAUGUACAUGUGUUUUGCAUCCUUGAGUGAAAAAUAUAUUUAUGAAAAACGCCA